CGACGAAUAUUAUUCUGAUUGUGUGACGGACGUAAUGAGCGCCUUCGGCCGUGGCAUAGCAGCUCACUACACUCCGGCGCGGUAAUAAUAAUGCACGCGUGGUUAUAACCGCGUAUCUCCAGACCUGUCCAGCACAGGCCUGCCUCUCCAUAUGCUACACCCGCCGCCUCCGCAACCUUCCCCCGCUGCCUCGUUGAUGCUGUUUGCUUAGCAGCAUAUGGGAGGCUUAGGGUCCAGCAGCACCAGGCACCCUGUGCCGUGAUUGAGAGCUGGAGACCCGCUGGCGGGAGGGCUACACAAAGCGGUUAGGAGCGCCUGGGCCAGGGCAUGACACCCUCCCAGCGUCUGGGGAGAUCCUCUGGUUGGAGGAGCUUAUACCACAGAUGCUAGCUAGGGCCAGCUGAACGCAGGGGCAGCAUUUCCACGGCCGUUGAUGCACACACCUAGAGACCAGCGGUCAAGGAGAGCGAUUGGACGGCGCGGGAAGGGCCUGGUCGAUCCAAGGCAGCUACCCGCACCAUGUGACAACCUGUCGUGGUAAACAAGACUCCCGAUUGCGGUGAUGUUUGUAGGGCUUUUAAGAAAAAAAAAUGAGUCCCGGGGUAAUUUUACGGCUCCUCUAUUAAAGUCGUCUGGCAGAUUUGUCCCCCUUCAUCGAUGGUGCGAAGAACAUCUUGAGCUGGAGGGAGCCAGGGGUCGACCCAAAAUGGAAUAAACCAUAAACAGUAACCAGGUAUCCCGGCAUUUUGUGGUGACUAGAAACCAGUUCCGAGGCCAAGGAGCUCACUUUGAAAUCUCAUCUGGAGAAGCAAGACCGGAACACUGCCGGAAUUCCACCUGAAAUAUGACUUCCUACUUCAAGAUCCGAGCUGGGGGCUUUUGGUGGAAGCUUUCUUCAGUUUGUUGUCACUGUCGUUGUUGUCCUUGUUGUGACACCUGCCAGCGUCGCUCCUCGUCCAUAGAAGAUCUGGACGACACCUUCGACGACAAUCUUCCAAUAUGUAGUGACCACAGCUCCGCAGGUUCGCAUCACUCCCGCCUUCCGUCAACUGGUUCCCGUCGGUCAUCCUGCAAUGAAUCCCGCGAUUCCCGCCGCAGCUCCACGCCGGUGUCCGAGUACCGGCGCGGCAGCACGCCGGUGCCGGUCAUCGACAUGAAACCCAUAGAGUUCUGGCCGCCGAGCACGAAUCAAGAGACCGUGCAGCCCAAGCCACUGACGCGCCGCUACACCAACGACUUCGGCUCGUUCAGCGACACCGAUCUCAAGAUCGAGCCUAAACUCUACGAGGUGUCCGAACAGGAAGAGGACCUGACGGACGAGGAGAAGGUUGCGCGCUACAAACUCGGUAAGAUCCACUACGGGUUGCGAUAUGACGUAGCCGACGAACAGCUCGUCGUUAGAAUUAUCAAAGCCAGGGACCUGCCACCUCCUGUGCUCUACGACGAGACCAGACAAGACUUGGCACAUUCUAACCCCUACGUCAAGAUCUGUCUCUUGCCAGACCAAAAAGACUCAAAGCAAACCACUGUCAAACGCAAGACGCAGAACCCCGACUUUGAGGAGCAUUUUCGGUUCAAUAUCUCCUACCAAGAAGCACAGAGGAGGCUGCUACUCCUGUCCAUUCAAGAUUUUGAUAAGUUUUCACGCCACUGUGUAAUCGGGCAACACAUCACUUCGCUAGCUGGUCUUCACCUUAUCAAAGGUGGUCAUUACUGGAAGCCACUCCAACCGCCAAAUCAGAACAACCCAGGCCGCGGAGAACUACUGAUCUCUCUCAACUACUUGCCGAGUGCCGGCCGGCUGAACGUUGACGUCAUCAAGGCGAAACAGUUACUACAGACGGACAUCCACGGGGGAUCGGAUCCCUUCGUGAAGCUACAGCUCAUUUUGGACCAGAAGGUGGUCAAGACCAAGAAGACAUCGACCAAGAAGAACACGAUCGAUCCCGUCUUUAAUGAGACCUUCAGCCUGCAUGUCACGCCCAGCGCGCUGGAUGAGGUGUGUCUACUCGUCUCGGUCUGGGAUUAUAACUCCAAGAGUAGAGACAACUUCAUCGGUCAGAUGAUCCUGGGCAAAUAUCCAUCAGGUCCCAGUGAAAUUACGCAUUGGCAACGCAUGGUCCACGCCCACCGCUCCCCCGUGGCUCAGUGGCACACACUUCGCACGCGUGAGGAAUGUCAUGAGGUAUUCCCGUCAUCGUCGACUGUGGGCGUGUCUUGAUGAAGGGACUGUAAACAAGAUCUCUUGGGAACAGCGCCAACCUCUGUCGCACGUGUCGCGCGGACACGGAGUAUGAAACUGGCAGGGGCAUUUUUAGACGCGUUCACCGGCCGCCGAAACCUCUCUGCAAUAAUUUGCUGUUUGUCAAGAAAGACUACUGAAGGCUGGCGUGGUGCCGAUGUAGCUGUAUAACUCGAUAUCCUUAGAACAAAAUUGGAGACACCCGUACGCGUGACACGGAAGACAGGUUUCUACCCAGUAGGACUUUGGUACAGCACCGUAGCCUAAAUGCUUGGCCCUCUGGUCAAAAUCUCAAGCUACGCGGUCGUGCAAACUCAACAUCUUGGCUGACAACUGAAACAGGGCAUAGGAAUGUCUGCAAGACGGAGAAUCGCGCUGUCUGUCAUCGAGAACUUAGUGUGAACUCAUAUAAUUGGUUCAGUUUUGUGUAAGAAACAUGUGAUACAAUGCACAGUAUGUGAAUUGUGAAUGAUAGAACCUUUAGUUUGUUGUCAACUCACCAAAAAUGGACUGUUCAUUUACUUAAGUAUAAAGGUGUCGUCCAAUGACUAAGUAACUAGCUAUACAGUCAUAAUUGACUGUGCAAUUGGUCCAUAGUAAUAUGAAGUUAAACUGGAAUUGAAAUUAGAUUAUUAUUGAACAAACAUGUUGGAACGGAAUAAUCGAGUAUGCUUGCCUCAGCACUUGACUAUUACAUCGUUAUAGGACGGUGAAAAUAGCUUCUGUACAGUUUGGGGAGAGAAAUUUCUGUCACUGAUUGUAGAGCAGCUCAAUGUUAUUGAUACAGGGUUCGAUUAUUAACAUACACUGUUGCUGUGGUAACCCUGGAAUGAUUUAAACUACGUCCAACUGAAAUAAGCUUAAUUUCCGUCCAAUGUCACACUUUUCCCUUCAUUUUAUUAGCUAAGCUUCUCCAGAUUGCAAUUUGGAGACCAAAAGCCGAAAACAAAUUUUGAAUUUUGAGAGGUAUCCAGUUACCUUCUUCAAGUUUAAAUGGGUUCUUGUACAAUUUGAGAAAAAAACAAAUUAAUCCGAAGUCUUACCAGUUACAGGCGCUUUUUAUUGGGUACUUGUGGAGCAUUCCUUGGGGGUCAGGCCUCUCUUCUUUUUUGAUGUGGUUUGACCUGAGCAUUGAAGGGGGAAAAUGGCUUUCCCAAAUUGUGAAGUAAACUCGACAGCAUGCGUGGUUUGUACAAUAGUAUUUCCGUCUUCAUUAUAUCGGCCUUCGGAACAUCAAAGCACAAUAACCCGAGUGAAUCGUAACUCGCAUACCCGCGAAAACAAUGCAAGCAGACACCGGCGUACAUCAUACGGUGAACGAAAGAGACGAACGAAAUCAGAUGUGCACCCUGCGUGAUGGUGUUUGAGCCUCUGGGAAGGAGACUGCCAGAAAGCUGCCAUUUUUUGCGUCAUCUGACGCUGGAAAUGACGAUGAAUGAUGUUGUGUAGCAUACUUUGUAGCAUUCGGAUUAUAGGUCCGCGUUGUCAGUCAUGGUAUUGCUUAAUGUCUGUUGAAUUUGAUAAAGCCUAUAUGAAACUGCCAGAUACAAACAGAUUUAAUACUAUUCAGUGAGGAGCAUUCAUGCAAAAUGUAUACGUACUAACAACGGGUGUGUUUUAUAUAAUAAUGCAACAACGGACAACAUGGUGGAUAUUCGUCCCGUAAUAUUUGUAAAAAAGGUACAUAAACCAAAGUUCGUAAAAUCGUGUUGGUUGAUUGACCUUCAUUGUGUAUAUAAAGUGCAGCACCUGUGACCAUUUGAUGUUUUAGUAAUGAAAUAUUCAAUCUUUGCAAGUUUGGAACAUUCAGUGGUGUUGAUGAUACUGUGUUUACAUUAUAAUUAUAAUAACCCCCCUUUUCCCCCAAAAACCAAUAAAAGGAAUGUCUUUGUGAAAUCCCUCAAAAAUGUA